GGUGGUGGGGUGGUGGAGUGGUGGUGGUGGGGUGGUGGUGGUGGGGGGGAACCCACUUUGUUGAGUACUGUACAGGCGAGAUCAGCGCGAUACACACGAGUCCACACGACUGCGGCGGACGGGACGGUGGUGUCGUCGAGAGCGGCACGCGGGGCACCGCGAAGUCUGCGCGCACCGAAACUGAAGUCGGGAAAGGAAGUUCAGAGAGAGGGCGAGGUGGUGGUGUUGCUGCCCCUGGUAGUGCUGUUUGGUGGUGGUGGUAGUGCUGAUUGGUGGUGGUGGUGCUGAUUGGUGGUGGUGGUGCUGGUAGUGCUGAUUGGUGGUGGUGGUAGUACUGAUUGGUGGUGGUGGUGCUGGUUGGUGGUGGUGGUGCUGAUUGGUGGUGGUGGUGCUGGUAGUGCUGAUUGGUGGUGGUGGUAGUACUGAUUGGUGGUGGUGGUGCUGAUUGGUGGUGGUGGUGCUGAUUGGUGGUGGUGGUGGUAGUGCUGAUUAGUGGUGGUGGUAGUGCUGAUUGUUGGUGCUGCUGGUGGUAGUGCUGAUUAGUGGUGGUGGUGGUGGUAGUAGUGCUGAUUGGUGGUGGUGGUGCUGGUAGUGCUGAUUGGUGGUGGUGGUGCUGGUAGUGCUGAUUGGUGGUGGUGGUAGUGGUAGUGCUGCUGGUGUCAGUGCGCACGGACGAGGCUCGAGCAGGAGCGAUUUAGCGAGGUGCGGGGGGUGUGGGGAACCAGCGCCAUGAGGACCGAGUUGACAAGCGAGCACCGCCUUCUGCUCGAGUACCUGGCUCUGUGCCCCGAGCAGAGCCACGACUCCGUGGAGCAGCUGCGGCUCCAAGGCGUCGUGCCCCGGGACGCCUCGAGCCGCAACGGGGUGGCCGCGCCGACCUCCCCCCCCACCUCGCUCACCUCUCUGUCCGACGAUGAGCUGCUGGACGCUGACGGGCCCACGUUUGGUAGCGAGGCCUCCCCAGAACAAGAAAAAUUGAUAAAGGAAGCAGCACAACUGCUCAGGAACAUUGGGGACAAGUGGACGAUGACGGUCUCCCAUGAACAGAUGCAGGACCUUUUGUGUGGCAUAGUCAAGGUCUCCACAAAAGAGGCUUUGGUGGGCGUGAUGCGCAAUGCUGUACAACAGUCGGUGUCGUUGCUGGUGGGCAAUGGGCAAUCGUGCUCCAUGCAGCAGACGCAGGCGAUGGCCACGAUCCAGUUGAUGCGCAGGGCCAUGAUUGAGGCACAUGGCGUGGCAGAGACGGUGAGCCGGGUGUUCAACGCCGCCGCAUUCUACCUCAAGGAGCUUGGAGGCUGGAAAAUCGUUUCUGAUGAGCAUUUAUACGAGUGACGAAGAUGAGAGUCGGAACAAAAUGCACCUGAAAAGCCUGGAAAGUUCCUGCAAGAUGGGAUUAGCUGCCCUUGGGAAGCUGUGAAUGAGUCUUGAUGAAUAUGCCUUUUUGGUCUUCCAAGGUCCUCGUGAAUUGUGCUUCCUCGUUUCCCGCUGCUUGUUUCGUGCCAUUUGACCGCUUGUACGAAUGGUGCAAAUGUUUCGGUGGCAAUACUACGAGAUGCUUCCCUGGUGGGUUACUGAAAAAAAAGCACAGGUCUGCGUGGAUAUUUUUUAUACCACCAAUUGAAAAAAUGUAGACUUCGUGUGGUCCGUUGCACUUUGGUGAUUCCAGUGAGCCAAAUGUUUAUUCCUGGCAUUGCUGGCCAUAUGUAAAAGUUCAAAAGGCUUGGUCUGGGAAUUCAUUGAAAGCGAUUUUGAGUUUUAUGCCUUUUUUAUAGUGGUGAGCCAAAGAUGACUGGGUACUGAUUUCGUUAGCUAUUUUAAAAAAUGUUUGCGAUCUGAAAAUGAACCAUCUAUCAAUGCCAUAAUUUGGUUUAUUUACGUGGCAGGUUAAUAGUUAAAAAAAGUGUGUAUUUAAAAAAUACUGCUCCUGAAAGAUGUCUGUUUUAAGGGCAGCGAACAAUCAUGUUUUAAAAUGUUUUUGUAAUUGUUGAGGGUUGCCUGUAAAAAAAAUUGCGUUGUAAACUGCGUGUUCAUGAUUUUUUCCUCUUAAACAUGAAUGCUCCCGUGCAAAAUGCUGAGUGGCACAUUGCCGAGUGGAUUUAGCCCUUAUGUUCUUCUUUAACAAACCAUUUUCAGUCUUGGUAUCAUGGAAUAUUUUCAUAUUCAAUACAGGGAUACCUUAUGAAUGCUUUUUUUCGAAAGCAGCCUUAACUCGUGUCGUUGUAAUGGCACAUGUGACGCUUCAACCAAUUACAACUGAGCCAUGCCGGAGAUGUAUGUAUGUUGAACUACUUUGGUAACAUAUGUAGCCAACUGUGCCAAUCGGAGGUACAGGCAAUCGGAGAUGUUGGAAUAGCAGCUGCUCCUCGUCAAGUGGGUUUCAGACCUGCUCAUUUUACAAAACCAACUGGCACAAAAUGACUUCCGAUUCUCAGAUUCAGAAGGGGCUCCGAGGUGUCGUUAUUUAUUGUCCUGUUUCCAAAACAACAUCGUUAUUUAUACAGAGACGAGCAAGGUCUAUAAAUGGCGCUUUAAUUCAGUACUCGCAUGUGUUUGUACACUGUAUAGUAACAGCACAUUGUGUCAUGGUGAUAUGGAGCAAUCCGGAUUUGUACAAAAAUAAAAAAAAACAUUUGUGUGGUCUGUUCAUGUGUCGAAGCAGUCAAAAUAAACGCUAAAACAUGCAA